UAUUGCUUUAUUAUUUUGGGUCUGUAUUGUUUUUAUGACAUAUGUCUUAUGACAUUUGACAAUGUCAAUGUCAAACAUUUUAUUUUGUGCUAUCCGAAUUUGUCAUAACCGUGAUAACAAGAUGUGUUGUGCUUAUUAUUCUACUAUUAUAAUAAAUUAUAUACUUCCUUUAACGUGAUGGCUAUUUUCGAGAAGUCAUUCCAAACCAAAUCUACAUUGGACGAUACAGAAACACUCAUUUGUACAUUAGAAAAUGCGCAAAACGUCGAUAAACAUACUGAAUAUAUUUUACGUGUGCAAAGAGGACCAUCAAAAGAAAACAAAUGGGAUGUCUCGCGGAGGUACAAACACUUUUCAGAACUUCAUACGAACUUGCAAAAGUCAAAUAUCGAGUUACCACUGCCCCCUAAGAAACUUAUUGGAAAUAUGCAACCAUCCUUUAUUGCUGAGAGACAAGCUGCUUUACAAAAUUACAUAAGAGAAGUAUUAAAACACCAUGUAUUAGCACUCUCAUUACCAGUAAGAAGUUUCUUGGAUCCAAAAAAUUAUUCUGUCACUAUUACAGAGCAAGCUCUGCAAACAAUAUCAAUAGCAUUGCGUGGAGAUGGUCGGUAUGAAUUAAAAGGUCCUCUACCAGAUAUUGGUUGGAGGAUUAGAAAACAAUUUUUUAUGGUGACUGACACAGAUAGUAACAAUAAUUGUAUAUUGGAAUGGAUGAGCUAUGGUCCAGAUAAAUACCUCAGCGGUAAAGAUUUACAAACUGCAUUCAAAUGUUUGCAGAAUAUGUCUCACCCUUAUAUAGAUGAAUUAUUAGGAUAUCAAAAUUUAGAAACAGGUGCCUAUGUGGUUAGAAAAAUACAUGAGAAUGGAAGUGUGAGGGAUAUUUUAUAUGGUACUGAAUAUGGAAAGAAUUAUUUAGCAAAAUAUGGCAACCCUAAAGUAAGGAAACCUUUUACAACUGGACAAUUAUCACAUUACGGAUAUCAGAUACUGCAAGCAUUGAAGUUUUUACAUGAUAAAGGAUUACCGCAUGGACAUAUACACCCAGGAAAUAUAACAAUAGAGAAUCAAAGAGCACUACUUUUGGAUAUAGAGAAUGUAUUACUGGGUGUGCCUUGUCUAUACCGACCUUAUUUGUUAGAGUUGCGCCACACGAGCGCUGCUGAGUCGGUCGAUGUGCACUGCUUCGGUAGGACGCUGUAUGAAAUGGCCUUGGCUACGACUUUAGAUCAGUAUUAUUGUGAUAUAUACCCGGAGGAAAUGUCUGAAGAUUUAGUAUCAGUACUCCGUCUAUGUCUAUCCUCUACAUCAUGUAAGCACGGCGGGACCUCGCUGGACGACCUCCUGCACCACCACUUCUUCACGCGCGCAACUCUGAACGGUCUCACGCCGCGCCCUGACACACGGCAACAUCUCAAGUUACCGCUGCCUCUGAAAGACGAAAUCAAGAAAGCACUAGCUUGUGCAGAACUCAGACUCAAAGCCGAUCAGAAAUUAUUAAGGAAUGCAAAGAGAGAAGUAAGAAUACAAGAAAUAUUAAAUUCAGAUGUGGAAAUGAAGAAACAGAAACGAAGAGUGAAGAAACGCGACAGUAUAUGGAAGUCGACAUCAUCUCUGGCGGAGACUGUGCGCUCGCAUAGCGCCAGCACCGCCUCCUCGCCCACACCGCCUGUACCUUCGGGUGAUACGAGUGGCAAUGGUUCCGUGUUGACAAGUCCGUCUGAAGGUCGCGGUGCGUUGCUUCAAGCGAUCUGUUCCUUUGAUAAAACUCGACUGUCUAAAGUUAACUCACGUUGACGAAAUUCUAAUAUAGACUGUGACAAAUAAAUACAUAUUCUUGUCUCUGUUUUGUCUAAGAGAGUGAAAGGGACGUCAAUAUGUUAGUCCAAGUAUCAAUCAUCAUCAAUCCUUUAUAUGCUAAGGGUGUCUUUAAUUGGAGAUCUUGUAUGAAAAAUCUAUACUAAUUUACAGCUUAACAAUAUUAAAUGACAAUGGCUAGACAUGUGUAAAUGAACUACGUUCAGGUCACAUUGAGUUGAACCAUUGAGCUGCGACUCAACAACUAAAUUAGUAACUCAGACCUCAUCGCAAUGUACUAAAACUAUCAUAGCUAACGAAUCUGCAUGGUGACUCGCAGUUCGUACCUAGAAAGGCAAAUAAUAACUUUAUUCAGGUCCAAUAGUGCUGAGCUGCGAGUCAGUUAACUGAUCUAUUUCACACAUAUGAAGUGAGUUGAUCUGCAAGUCAUUAAUUUUAGUUGACUGACUGUGGCUGUAAGAUAAUGCAAAACCUAUUUAUGAAUAACAUUUCUAAUGUGUAUAUGACAGUAAUACUAAAAAAAAACUUUUUUGUCUCUUUUCUAUAUUCAGUAAACAAUUGAAUACGGCCUUGCAAUAAUAAAAUAAUUACGCGAAUUACUUAAAACCACGUGAAUGCGGUUGAAAGAACCAUACAACUCCACUGUCAACUAUUUUACCAACAAUUUCGCUUCAAACCUAAAGGUAUUAAUCAAGUUUGAUCUGUUUUUGUUUAUAGUCUACUAGUCAUAAUUAUUAGUAAUUUACAGGUUAUUUUAAUGAAUUUAUAAAUUGUCAAAAUAUAAAUAAGAAAUGCCUUAAAGUGUACUUUUCCUCAGGAUUAUUUUUUUUUACAUCGGUUAUUACGCAAUAGAUUAAAAAAAUACGUACUUUCUAAUAUUUAGGUAACUAGUAAAAGUAUUAUUACAUA